AUGGGCGACGAAGAGGACGAGGACCUUAACAGCCCCGAGGCCAUCUUGGCUCGCUACCCCCUCCUCAAGGACAAGAGCAAAAAGGAUCUGGACCUCCUCAGCAAGCGCCUCCGUCGCAGACUUGAUAUUCGUAUGCUGCCCAUCAUCACCCUCUGCCUCAUGAUCAACUACCUGGACCGCUCCAACGUCACCAACGCUCGUGUUGCCGGCAUGCAAAAGGAUAUGGGCAUGGACGAUGUCCAAUGGUCUCUUGGUAUCUCCCUCUUCUACGUCGGCUACAUGAUCACCCAGCUCCCCGGUUCCCUCAUCCUUGCCAAGUACAAGCCGCGCAUCGUCAUCCCUGUCAUGAUGCUUGGCUGGUCCAUCCCCACCAUCCUCUUCCCCUUCGUCCGCUCCCCCGGUGGCUUUGCUGCUGCUCGCUUCGCUGUCGGCUUUGCUGAAGGCCCCUUCCUCCCCGCCGUCGCCCUCAUGACCUCGUCCUGGUACGUCGCCGAGGAGCUCCCUUUCCGCAUGGCCCUCUGGCACGGUGCCCAGGCCUUGUCCAACGUCUUUGGUGGUCCCUUUGCCGCUGCGGUGCUCGAAAACAUGGACGGUGUUCGCGGGAUGCACGCUUGGGAGUGGUUCAUGGUCAUUGAAGGUGCUCUCUCCAUCGCCCUCGCUAUCGCUGCCGGCUUUAUGCUCCCCAACUGGGCUCACAACACUCCCUGGCUCACCCCCGAGGAGACCGAGAUGGCCCAGUACCGUAUCGUCCUCUCUGCUGGUGGUAUCGACGAGAACAAGUCGAGCAUGGGUAUCUGGGAGGGAGCCAAGCUCGGUGCCAAGGACCCAUUCACAUGGCUCUUCAUGCUGCUCCACUUCUGGUUGAUCGCCGCCCAAUCCUUCAAGGACUUCCUCCCUUCCAUCCUCAAAACCAUGUCCUCCUCCAACCUCAUGACCUACCUCCUUCAAUCCCCAUGCUACCUCCUCGGUUACCUCGCCAUCCUCGGCUUUGGGUGGUCGAGCGGUCGUUUCAAGGACAGUGUGUGGCACGUCAUAGGCCCCAUCAUCCUCUCGGCCGCCGGUACCGUCAUGCUCAUCACCACCCUCAACGUGGGCGUCCGCUACACCGGUGUCUGCUUCCUCAUCAUGGGUGUCUUCUCCGGCCUCAACAUCCAGGUCUCGUGGUCCACCCAGCUCGUCCCCGGUCCUCGUCACAAGAAGGCCGCUCUUCUCGCCAUUGCCAACACCUUUGGCUCGUCCUCGCACUGGUACACCCCUUACUUCUUCCUCACCAAUCAAGCUCCCCUCUACCGCUUUGGCGGUGGUCUUAUCCUCGUUUCCAUCGCCCUUACCAUCGUCACUGUCCUCGCGACAUGGUGGUACGUCGUCCGCCUCAACAAGAAGCUCGACGUUGCCGAGGCAGAGGUCAAUGUCGACAGGGUCGCCCGGGGCCUGCCGGAGCUUACCAAGGGUUGGCGAUAUCCUCUCUAG